AUUUUGUUUUAACACAUAUGGCACAAAAAUAAGGUAUAGUUUGCUAAAAGUUAGUCAAAAAAUCCCAAUACACACACAACGUGAAAAAAAGUUUCAAAUUAGGUUUGACUUCAUCAGUCAUAAUUCUCCACUCUAAAAACGAGCAGGAUGUAUUCAUAUCAGCACAAAUAUAUCGCCCAGUCACCCCCGGUUAACAGCCUGGAGCCAUGGAGUAUCAACAAGACGAUAAAGCUCCUUAUGAACGAGGUUAUCGACAGAUACUCAGACCACCCGACACCUUUUCUCUACCUUGUUGACUCCGAGCCAUAUUGUUUUGCACCUUGGGUUGAUGUGACAAGAGCUAAUAUGGGAUUUGACAGACAAUCCAUACCAAGUUUGAAAAGGACACUCCUCAGAACAAAAUCGAAUGUCCAAGUCGCACAAGCACUCUGCUUACUUAACGACCUUGUCAAAAACCCGGAAAGGGCAUGCGAGGCACUCCGCUUAAACAUAAUGCAAGCACUAGUGAGGCUCAUGCACAGCAAAAAUAUGUACAUCAGGAUAAAAACUUUAGACGUUUUGGAAGUCCUUGCAGAUGCGCCUAACGGGAGGGUAACACUGGCUCGGAACAAGUACAUCAUGGGUCAUCUCAAGAACAACAUGGUCGAUGAAGAACAGCUUGUGCGAGCCCAAGCUUUCAGGACAUUGCGUGCCUUAGCAAUCAAUUGGUUUGCUGUAGAAUACCUCGUAAAUGAACAUUUUGUCCGGCAUAUUCUUACAGCAUUACAAACAGCAAUGAAAGGACCAUUUACAAUGGCAGAACACUUGUAUUACCUCCUUGAGACUUUGGAACAUUUGUUGGAUUUUAACGAUGCCGUUAAAGUGGAAAGUAUCAGGUAUGACAUUUUCGACAUAACAAGUUUGCUCACACACCAUAAUUCGAGGGUAAGAGGAGCUGCGAUGGGCGUAUUCACCCAACUUUGCAAGCACAAGCUCGGGCGAGAGGGUUGUGUGGCACACGGUGUUAUUGACCAACUCAUGCCAAGCAAUUACAAAGAAGAUGACAAAAUGCAAGCCAAGGUCUUCGGGACAUUGAUGUUCACGACAGCUCUGAUCAAAGGAAAGAUAGACGCUGUUGAAAAAGAUAUUCACAACGAUGCACUGAGUGUGCUCGUUAGUGACAAUUCAGCCUUACACCUCAAGAGGAACGCGGCCAAAGUCCUCAUGAACCUCAUAAAAAUACCGUCAGUCUGCAAGGAAAUACAGCCACACCUCAAAGAUAUAGUCAAUAUAGACACAGCAAAUGAUAAUGUGUUACAAAACCAGCUCAACGAAAUAAUAGAGCAUCUGACAGAAGAAUAGACCGUUAAUCUGUUGUGUUGUAAACUCUGUAUUGUCUCUUGCCAUGCGUUCUGUGUUGCAAUCAUAGAUUUACGUACAAACGAGCAAAAAUAAUCGGAUCGCCCCCGAUAACCCUUGACAAAGGGAAUGAAAAAAUAAAUAAUAUUUAAAAAUUCUA